GGCAACUCUGGUAAGCUGUCAAAGGUUCAAAUGUUUACAGUAAAACACCAAAAUACACUGCGAAACAGCUGGCUGUAAUACAAUUUUCGCGAAGUCAAAUAAAAUAUCAACGAGCACGAGACGUCAUAGUAAAGAAGCAGCAAUCACCCAAUUGCCUAGUAGAGUUUUUCACGAUUCACCAAAUCAACACGAAUAUCAAACUUGUGGCGAAUUAUCCUCAAGGAACUGUUAUCUUCCCAAAGCCUUUUACUACAAGAGUUAAGAAGCCUCCAUAUGAAGCAUUCGAUUACCCAUAAUUCUGACAAGCCAUUUAUAUGCGAUGUAUGCGGUAAAGGUUUUAGCAAUAAACAAUCAUCGAUGGACCACAGAAACUUCCAUACAGGUGAUCGUCCGUACAAAUGCACUGGAUGCGAAAAGCAUUAUGCCACACUUGCUUCCCUAAACCAACAUAUGCUCACUCACACCGAUGCUUACAAGCACAAUUGCCUUGUGUGCGGCAAAGGAUUUAUUAAAAGAUCUCACUUGAAAGUUCACGAAAACAUCCAUACAGGAGAUCGGCCUUACAAAUGCACAGUAUGUGGAAAAGAUUUUCACACUAACUCUACCCUAAUCAAUCAUAUGUCUAUUCAUACGGGUGAUUAUCGUUACAAGUGCGAGAUGUGUGGCAGAGGUUUCCACGAUCGUUCGAAAUUGAUGAAUCAUCAACGCCUUCAUACGGGCGAGAAAUAUAAAUGUGUCGUAUGCCAAACAGAUUUUGCUACCCAUUCCGCUCUGACCAGUCACAUGUCUAUUCACACGGGUUAUGUUUCGCAUAAAUGUGACUUGUGCGGUAAAGUCUUCAGUGAACUAUCGAAUUUGCGAAGGCACAAACAUGUUCAUUUGAGUGAGAGACCGUACAGAUGCAUCAUAUGUAACAAAGAUUUUAAGCUUGAGGCCACUCUUGAUGCCCAUAUGCAUAUUCAUACGGGCGAAAAACCGUUCAAAUGCGCUAUAUGCGAAAAAGGUUUUUAUACCAACUAUCGCCUAACAAAUCACAUGUCUAACCACACGGGUGAUUAUCGGUAUAAGUGUGAUGUGUGUGGUAAAGGAUUCUGCAUACUGUCGAGAUUAAAGAAACAUGAGCGCAUUCAUUCAAUUGAAAGACCUUUCCGAUGCACGAUAUGUGGUAAAGAUUUGAAAAAUAAAGAAACUCUUGCAAGGCACAUGAACACUCAUACGGGCGGAAUGUAUAGGUGUACUAUCUGCGAAAAAAUCUUAGCCACUAGCUCUAGCUUAGCCGAACACAUGUCUACGCACACGGGUGUAUAUCGGCAUAAAUGUGAUGUGUGUGGCAAAGGAUACACAAAGAAGUUUAGAUAUCAGAUGCACAAAUGCAUUUCUACAGGCGAUCGUCCAAACGGUAGCCCAUCGACACCCCCUAUUGAGGAGAAUGACGGAGAAAAGUUCAAUUAAAAUCACUGUAAAAGUAGUAUUCAAUGUUUGAAAGAUUUCAGAAUAAUCAUCAUUAAUUGAUUAUUGAAAAUGUUUCAUUCAUUUUGGUUUCUGGUUAUGGGCGUAUAGCUAUCGAGACACAUCAGAAGAACAGUGGUGUCAAAGCGAAAGAACCGCAAAGGAAGAACAGCAGCAGCAAGACAGAAGUUUAAGGGAUGCUUUCUAUGAAGCAUAUGAGCAUAACAUAAAUCGGACAUUUAAAUCAUUAUUUCAUAAACUAUUUUAUGUAAAUUUGAGUAAAAUCAAUCUCUUUCUGUUCGAAUCAGGAAACGUGAAAAUGCCCUAUAAUUCGAUAUGAAUUAUUUCUAUUCACCAGUUUCAUGUAGAAAGUUUGAAUACACGCAGGGAGGAAAUAGGAUACUAUUGUUCAAUAAAAAAUUUGGGCAAAUAACACUGUUUGAGUAAAAUUCAGACUGGUAAUAUAUAUUAUAUACAAAUAUAUUGAGAUAUUGUUUCAAAUUUAAUGAUUUUACACCAUCGAAUAAAAUUUUCUUUACUUCAAAUGCAUUUUAAAUAUAUUACCUACGUACACAGAUAACAGAUAUACAGGCUCACAUAUGAACUGUGUGUAAAAUUUGCUCAAUCAGCGUGGCGAACACUCGCAGAUGUCACCACGAUUGACACGAGGUGCCACCGCGAUUUUGGUACCGCUUUCACUGAGCCACAAUUUUGGGUGCAACAUUCACUACACGCUAGAUGUUUGUUUUGCUGUUGCUUAAAUGGGCAAGUUUAUUUUUGUUUUAUUUCGAUCGAAUUCUCGUGUGAUUUAUGCGACAUGGAAAUAAUAUUGUCUUUAACACUUAGGGAAGUCGUGUGAUAAGUGUUAAAAUUGUUGAAGUUGGAAUAUUUCUAUAACAGGCAGGAGGAUUUUGCUAUCGUUCCGGAAUGUAAUGGAACGUUUCGAAAAAUCGCGGCGAAUAGUCGAGUAGGUGGCGGUAGUGUUUCCAACGUAUAGAAAAUUUGAAAUUU